AUGAAUGAAGAAGAACUUGAAGUACUCAAAUCGAUUUAUGAAUCAGAUCCAAAUUUUUCUAUUAUCAAUGACAAUACAUUUCAGUACAAAUAUAUACUCGAUGAUGAUCGUUUCUAUUUGGUUGAAAUUCAUUGGCCUGAAGGUUAUCCAAAUGUAAUACCGAAAAUUAAUCUUGAUUUAUUUAGUAAUCGUCUUUUAACAAAUGAUUUCAAAACUAAACUCAUAGAAAAACUAACAAAUGAUAUAUCCAAUAUAAAUACAACAGUACUAUCGUCAACUACAACAACACCUUCUAUAUCAGGUAUACCAGUUAUAAAAAAAGAACAAUUAAGUAAAGCACAAAAACGUCGUCAAUGGAAUAAUCGAGUUGCUGGUGACGAUGGACAAAGACCUCGUGGUCAUGAUUGGAUUGAUAUUGUUCGACAUUUAUCUCAAACAGGAAAUAAAAUUCAAAGUUAA